AUGAAAUUGGGGAUUGAGCGGCGUCUGAUGGAAAAGAUCCCUGAAGUUGUCGCUGUUGAGUCAAUACCGGAUGAAGAAACUAGCCUUGAGCUGAAUGAAGAAAACAUAGAGGAGGAGCCCCAAAAAGACCCUAAAAAGAAAUUGAAAAUUUUGAUAAUAAAGAGCAAAACGUUGUUGAGGGGAGGGAUGUUCGGCGGAGCAAUUUCGGAUUUUCCAAUUCAAUUCGUCGGCAAAACAGAAAUGGAUUUGUAUUGUGCAAUACUUCUGACCGGGCUCGGAAGGUCUAAGGGUUCUGGCGGUGACAAGUGGCGAGGCGAAAACCAAACAGCAGGAGUCGAGCCACGAGCCAACACUGGCGGAUCGCCUCUGGCUUGGCUGCUUUACUGA